AUGAGUAGACGUGGAAAUAAUGUUAGGGGACCUACAUCUGCAUUAACUGAAUUUCUUAGGGAGUCAGGCAUCAAUCCUACUACAAUUGCUCGACGAGUGGCUACCCAGAAUCAGCCUAGAAACCAGCCCACCCAUCAAUCUGUGGCUGGUCCGAGUAACUCUGGGGAUAAUGUGGAGGAUGUUCCAGAGGAAGUGCAACAAGAGGAAAGCGCUCCUCGCGCAUCGAAUGGCCGACGUGGACGAGGCAGAAACACUGGGUACGCCUCAGACGAGCUCGAUGAGCCUGCGGAAGAAUCUCCUGUAAAGAAGCGGAAGAGCACAAAGGGUCGAGCGACUGUCGCUGCUAAAUCCAAGGCCAAGAAGAAAGCAAAAGAUGAUGGAGAAUAUGAAGGUUCCUCUGAGGACGAGUACAGGGCCAUGUCGAAGAAUCUCUGGUCAAUGGGUGGCGACGGUAGUCCCAAACCUCCAGCUGGAAGCUUCAAAACCUGCGCGAGAUGCGAAAAGCAGUUCACUGUGACAAAGUAUACCAUGGCAGCCAAUCCACCUCCUGGCUAUCUCUGCCACAAUUGUGCCAAGGCGUCUGGUACUGACCCUUUCAAGAAGCCGGCAGUCCCUCGUAAACGUGCUAAUGUGGCGGAAAAACGGGAUGUUAUCAGUUACCAGGAACGUCGUUUCCCAUCUCUUGCGGCGAUGUGCAUUGAGCUCAUAACGCGCUACAUUGACGACGUGGAAGCUUUGGGUGAUAUCGGCUCCGUGAACAUGGAUGAAAUCGCGAAGGCACUCUCCAAGAACCGUGGUCUUACCCCUCAGAAUGCACAUUUGUUCUAUGAUGUGCUCAACAAGAAGCUCAGGUUCUACGAUGCAACUAAUCUGACUCCGGAUGCACUGACGACCCUCGCAUCCCUCAACCCCAAUUUGACUCACUUACACCUCGAUUAUUGCGGGCGUCUCACAUCGCCCGUCCUUUUGGCUUUUUCCACUUCGAUGCGGCAGCUGACUUCCUUGACACUCCUUGGCCCGUUCCUCGUACGCGCGGAAGCUUGGAUCGAAUUCCUCAAGGCUAUGCCAGGCUUACGAGUGUUCAAGAUUACCCAGAGUCCAAGAUUCAACUUAGCAUGCAUGCAGACGCUGACAGAUAGCUGCAAAAAUAUGGAAGAACUCUCAUUGAGGGAAAUUGGUUUGAUGGACAACGAGUUUGCCGAUCCUUUAUGCUCUCUGUCGUCGUUGAGAGUGCUAGAUCUGGCGUUUCCAGGAAUAGGCAUAGACGAAGACGGUUGGAUGAAGAUCAUAGAAAAACACGGAAUCACCCUUGAAAGACUUGAUGCCUCAAAGCAUGAAGGAUUCACUGACUAUGUCCUUCAGGAGAGCGUCAGGAAAUACACCCGUGUCUUGCUCGAAUUAAAACUGGACGAGUGCCUUAAUCUCACUGAUGAGGGCGUGGCGCAAUUCUUUGGCAACUGGGCAUAUCCAAUAUCCACCCUGAAAGACGAAGACUACGAUAUGGAUGUGGACUCUGACCCCGUGGAUGUCGGUCUCGCUUCUCUCGAACCGUUCACGCCGAAUCCGCCGUUGCAUGUACUGUCCCUUGCCCGAAACCAAGAGCUUUCAAGUGCGACACUCACAACUGCCAUUGUACACUCUGCUCACUCGCUCACGUGGUUGAGUGUGAAUGGACUGCGCAGCGCUUCAUCUGAAGCACUUGCACAACUCAAGAGAGCGAAGGAACUGCGUUAUCUAGAUGCCGGGUGGUGCCGAGAGCUAGAUGAUUUUGUGAUGAAAGAUGUUGUCACAGCGUGCACGAAGUUGAGCGAGAUUAAGGUCUGGGGAUGUAGCCGCAUAAGGGGUGUUGGGUGGGGUGUGAAGAGAGCCAUCAAGGUUCAUGGGAUUGAACCGAGUGGGGGUAUGUAA